GCGCGGACAAUACAUUAAUGCCUCGCGCUUGAGGGGAGGGGGCGGCUCGGCGCCUGGGUCGCAGCUUUCUCUCCUGGCUGGAGACGGCCACAGCCGACAUGGGCUGCUUCUGCGCUGUUCCGGAAGAAUUUUACUGCGAAGUUUUGCUUCUGAAUGAAUCCAAGUUAACCCUCACCACCCAGCAGCAGGGCAUCAAGAAGUCGACGAAAGGUUCUGUUGUCCUUGACCACGUAUUCCGACACAUAAACCUUGUGGAGAUAGAUUAUUUUGGGCUGCGUUACUGUGACAGAAGCCAUCAGACAUAUUGGCUGGAUCCUGCAAAAACCCUUGCUGAACACAAAGAACUAAUCAACACUGGACCUCCAUAUACUUUGUAUUUUGGUAUUAAAUUCUAUGCUGAAGAUCCAUGUAAGCUUAAAGAAGAAAUAACCAGGUAUCAGUUUUUCUUGCAGGUGAAGCAAGAUGUCCUUCAGGGCCGGCUGCCCUGCCCUGUCAAUGUCGCUGCUCAGCUGGGAGCAUAUGCCAUCCAGUCUGAGCUUGGAGAUUACGACCCAUAUAAACAUACUGCAGGUUAUGUGUCAGAGUACCGGUUUGUUCCUGAUCAGAAGGAAGAACUUGAAGAAGCCAUAGAAAGGAUUCAUAAAACUUUAAUGGGUCAGGCUCCUUCUGAAGCAGAGCUGAAUUACUUGAGGACUGCUAAAUCCCUGGAGAUGUAUGGCGUUGACCUCCAUCCUGUCUAUGGAGAAAACAAAUCUGAGUAUUUCUUAGGAUUAACUCCAGUUGGUGUUGUUGUCUACAAGAAUAAAAAACAAGUGGGGAAGUACUUCUGGCCACGGAUUACAAAAGUUCACUUCAAGGAGACACAGUUUGAGCUCAGAGUACUGGGAAAAGACUGCAACGAAACCUCAUUCUUUUUUGAAGCUCGAAGUAAAACUGCUUGCAAGCAUCUUUGGAAGUGUAGUGUAGAACAUCAUACUUUUUUCAGAAUGCCAGAAAAUGAAUCAAAUUCAUUGUCAAGAAAACUCAGCAAGUUUGGAUCCAUGAGUUAUAAGCACCGGUAUAGUGGCCGGACAGCAUUGCAAAUGAGUCGAGAUCUUUCUAUUCAACUUCCUCGGCCAGAUCAGAAUGUGGCAAGAAGUCGAAGCAAGACUUACCCAAAGAGAAUAGCACAAACACAGCCAGCUGGAUCAAACAGCAUAAGUCGAGUAACAGCAAACAUGGAAAAUGGAGAAAAUGAAGGAACAACUAAAAUUACUGCACCUUCACCAAUAAAAAGCUUUAAGAAAGCAAAGAAUGAGAACAGCCCUGACACCCAAAGAAAUAAAUCUCAUGCACCAUGGGAAGAAAAUGGCCCCCAGAGUGGACUCUACAACUCUCCCGGUGACCGCACGAAGUCCCCCAAGUUCCCCUCCACACGCCGCCGAAACCCCUCAUGUGGAAGCGAUGAUUCUGUACAGCCAACGAGGAGGAGGAAAGCCCAUAACAGUGGUGAAGACUCAGAUCUAAAGCAAAGGAGGAGGUCACGCUCACGCUGUAACACGAGCAGUGGUAGUGAAUCAGAAAAUUCUAAUAGAGAGCACCGGAAAAAGAGAAACAGAAUACGGCAGGAGAAUGAUAUGGUUGAUUCAGCACCUCAGUGGGAAGCUGUAUUAAGGAGACAAAAGGAAAAAAAUCAAGCGGACCCCAACAACAGACGAUCCAGACAUAGAUCUCGCUCGAGGAGCCCUGAUAUCCAAGCAAAAGAAGAGUUAUGGAAGCAUAUUCAAAAGGAACUUGUGGAUCCUUCUGGAUUAUCUGAAGAACAAUUAAAAGAGAUUCCAUACACUAAAAUAGAGACUCAAGGUGACCCCAUCCGCAUCAGGCAUUCCCAUUCACCGCGAAGUUACCGCCAGUAUCGAAGGUCUCAGUGUUCAGAUGGAGAGCGAUCUGUUCUCUCGGAGGUGAAUUCAAAAACGGACCUUGUACCUCCACUUCCUGUGACACGUUCUUCAGAUGCUCAGGGUUCUGGUGGCUCCACAGUUCAUCAGAGAAGAAAUGGAUCUAAAGAUAGCCUGAUUGAAGAAAAAUCUCAGACAUCUACAAGCAAUCUGGCUGGAAAACACACAGCAAAAACAGUAAAAACUGUACAAGCUUCACGCCUCAAGAUAGACUUGAUCCAAUGAAGGGUUUGGGAUUAGGGGUGGGAAGGGUGUGUGUGCCACCUUUACUUUCAAACUGUGAAUUAUUCAAGUAUCUUGGACCUGCAAAGUUUCUUCAGAAAAAAAUGGGAUUCUGUUGCAUCUUUUAAAGGUUUAACAGUGUAUUUGUGCCGAAGGGCCUUUCUGUUCGGCAUCUGGAAUAGUCUUCUGAAAACUCAUCGCCUUGAUGCCCUAUUUUCCUUCCUGGAAACUCCAAGUUAUCUCGUGUCCACAACCAGGAUCAGGUGGUUCUGAUCGAAGCUCUGGAAUCCUGGUAUGCAGCUGCCUCGCUGUGCAAGGGUAUACCAAGUGAGUGAAAAGGUUCUUCCCAUCUCUAGGUUGGUCUCAGCCAGUGCACAGACAUAUGAAGACUGAGAUCUCACUUUAAGAUUGGAGAGGUUUUUAUUCAUAUAAAUGUUCUUUGUAAUACUGUAUUUUGUGGCAUUAAGUCCCACUGGUUAUUUACAGAUGUAAAAAGCUUUUUAAGUGUUGCUUUUAAUUUCUAGUGUCCUUGUGUUUUCAGAAAAAAGAAAAUGCGAUGUGUGGAUUUCAGUUGGCCUCAGUUUUAUAAAUUCAUAAAACAACCUCAAAUGGUGUCUCCCUCCUGCCUGGCUACCUAACUUCCAGAAAGACUAGUUCAUCUGAGGAUGACUUUGCAGUCCACUUUCCAGAGAAAAUAGAAAUACUCAUGCAGGACAUCUUUCACCUCCCUACCCCCAAACUUCCAGUCGGCAGUCAUCUCGAAUACUUCCCUUCCUCCUGUCCCUGCACCUGUGUUUUGGAACCCACUCUCCUUCAGCCUUCUUGUCCCUGUCAACUUUCCUCUCAGUGAUAUACCUGCCACGUGGCUUUAAAUUAGUAACUCUCCCAUGUAAAAAAAAAAAAAAAAAAAAAAAAAA